AUGUUCCAGGCACUAGCGCUAACGAGAAGGAAUAGAUCUCUCGCCUUUUCUUCCCUCCGCACCUUUCGGCAGUCAACAAGGAAGACAGAGGAGCUGGCAGCAGCUGCCAGCACAUGCCACUUCUCCCCCACCCCCUUCCCUCCCCCCCCUCCACUUCUCAACCUUCUCUCCCUUCCCCCACUUCUCCCCGCACCUUUCGUCUGUCAACAAGGAAGACAGAGGAGCUGGCAGCAGCUGCCAGCACAUGUUCCUGACCUGGCGGAGGGAUGGAAGGAGGAGGGCAUGGGAAGGGAGGGGGCCAAGUUGGAGUUUGCAGCAGCAGCAGCUGCCAGCACAUGCUCUUGCGCUGAUGGGGGGAUGGGAGGAGGAACACAGGCACCGGGGGAGGAGGGGAUGAGAGGGGAGGUGGGCAAGUAG